AUGGCGGAUACUUCGGAUCUUGUUUUAGUUGCGGUGGAUGAAUGUGAUCAUAGUGAGCGAGCCUUUGAGUGUGAGUAGAAAUAAAUCGUUUCCUUAAAAUAUUUUUUGUGAUUAAUUCUAAAAAAAAUAUAUUUAAGCGUUUACAAACGGACCUUGGAAAAGGAUAUAUUUUUGUGAUAUAUAUACAUAGCAACACACCUCAUACUACCUAUACUGAAAUCGAAAUUUAUCGUCAUCAGCAGAACUCUCUCAAGUGUUUCGUUCCGAUUAAGAUUACUUUAAAAAGCAGUUCGGACAAAACAGAGUAGUAUUAGAGUGGUUCUGAAAGGGUUUAUCUUUUGCUGCCUAUUCUCUGUCGCCAAACUCCUGAUCAAGAUGCAUAUCGUUCUUGUCAUCAAAAUACUUGUUGACGAUGGACGGAAAGGCACGUUCUUCUCAGUCAUAUGACAUCAGAAGUAGUUUAUAUUUGAAGAAAGUAGCUAGAAAGUAUAGAUCCUUGCUGUUUUCGGAAAGGGUUGAAAUUGAGCGAUCGUGAGCAUAUAAAGUGGAUAAUUUUCAAAAUUUCGAUUUAAUUUCUAGUAUUUAUGCGCUUAAAACAGGAGCUACAUUUAAACUCCUGUAACAGUUUUUUCGAAGCAACAACUUAGCUGAGAAUUGCUUCAACGGCUUAAUAUGACCAAAGUACAGUACAUUUUAUUUAGUAAUACAGUUGGAGAGUGUUUAAAACACGGAAGCAUAAAAUGAAAAAAAAAAUGUAAAUAAACACAUGUAUCGGCUUACUCGUAUGUUGCCGGUUAAGUAACAAUCGUCGUCUAACUUACAGGAAUAUUUCAAGUAAAUUAUUUUACAUUGGAGGUAAUCUCGAUGCUGCGUCCAGCCCUGAUCCAUGUACGAUGUCUUUUUCACGAUUAUUAACUCGGUAUAAAGCGCAGAUGCAUGUCCUCAUGUAAAAGUUUUACUUCAACAACGAAAACAGCGAAAUAGGAAUUGCCGCAAGCAGCACUGAGUUUAAAAAGGCGAAUUUUUUAUUACCAGAUUUGAUGCAAUUAAACUGAUUAAACUUUAAGUGUCCGUUUUCGUAAAUCUAGUGUGCUUUGUUUCAAACAGCGUUAUCGCUCAGAAUUUCGUGACAAGAUUGAAAUAGUGCGUGUAAUAUUUUUACUGGAAAAUGCUCGAAAAUUCCCUUAAUAUGCUUUAAUGCUUUUUCCUACAACUUCGAUAACUUCUAGCUGAAAGGCUUUUUCCAAAUUGUGCCGGUGACGAGAAAAUUGAAUAUUUCUUUAUUAAAACAUUUUGAGGGGCAAAGUCUUUUGCCGCCGGCCUGUGUUUUGAUCCGAUAUAGGGAAAUUUAAUCUUGCUUGCGGUAAUACUUUCCAAACGAGGUUUCUUGAGUAAUAAAUAUUUAAAUAAGAAAAAGAUCACAAAAGUGAUUAAUCCGCCCACUCAGUCAUUUAGGAGGUUGUUAGAACCAGACAGUCUCUAUGAUCUCUAAAAGAAUUUAAAAAAAAAUAUCGAGCCUUGCGACUGUGUCAGGUGUUUGAACUUUGUGGCCUUCAAUUUUAAAUUUUCUGUUUCUUUUGUUAAAGCUAGAACGAACGGCACCGAAAAUCAAUUUGAGAUAGAUAAAAAAAAGGAAAAAAAAUGAUAAAAACUGAUGAAGCAGAAAAAACAAAUUCUCCUCAGAGUAUUUUUUGUUUUUCUCAUUGUUACAAAAGGAUGAAAUUUAAGAGGAAAAAAAAAGAAAAAGUUGCCCAACACGGUCACGCGUCUUUUAAAUUCUUUCAGUGUUCCGCUGUAUGUAUAUCUAUUUUCCGCCUGUCAAAUUGGUACUAGUCAGAGCACGCUAAACUGGUCGUUCUAAAUCUCUAGUAGCCGGAUUGCGCGCUAAUGUCCUGUUUACACAUUUUGAUUCCUCGAUGGCGAAUUUACACGCUUUGAUUUAUGGGGCCGAUCUUUCCCUCUAAAGUAAAUGCCGAAUUGCAAAACUGGCGUAAAAUUGGGUCGGUUUUUGUGUUCAUCAUUUAUUCACCUUAGAAACUGUUGUUCUUUGGAAAUUCUGAUAUGUGCACCAUAUCACUAAGUACGAGCUAAAAGGAAAGUUUAGAGCCUUCGUGCUCAGAUAGUGGGGACCGCCCAAAGAGACGUGAGCAGGAAAAAACACUGAGAAGGAAAGGGAUAGAGGGGUCAAAAGAAAGGCCGUACUCUCUGUUCCCCCUCCCCCUGGGGCCUGUUUUCCGCAUUUUUUCUCUCUCCAUUCGACUGCAUUUUGCGCUACUUUCCGAACUCCGGUAACAAACUAAAACAGCCCAGUGACGGGUUUUUUCAAUGAGGGACAGAAUUCUCUUCUUUAGGGCUUUAAUUCCAACGAUCCGACGAAAAUCUCCACCCCUUUCACAUAGAGUCCUCCCAAGAUUUAUUAGUUGCUUUUUUAUAUUAAGUGCUUGUGUUAAUUUUUUUCAGGGUAUUUAAGUCAUGUUCAUAAAGAUGGCAACUCGUUGAUCGUGCUCUAUUGUCACGAGAAGCUGGAUCCACCCGCUUUGCUACGUAAGUUUUCACUUCUCACUUGAGCCUGCGUGCAGACGUUUCCUAUUUCGUAUUUCAUGCAACAAGCUGAAGAAGUAAGAGACGUCUGAAUGCAGGCUACUGUCACUUUGUUUACGCCUCUUAACGAUAGCGGUAACAUAAUUUACGUUAAGGCAUGGACAACAAUUUGAAUGCUUUGAAUUUACUUUGUCAAUCAAAUCAUACUUCAUUAAUCAGAUAAACUUUGGAACACAAGUGAGAUAAAAAAUUAAUUCGCUAAAAAACUUUAAAAACACGAACUUGGCCUCUGUCAAUUAUGACAAACAUUCAAAAACUGACAGUUAUGCCUCAAGAGGUAGUCCUCAUUAUCGUGUCACUGCAGCUUGUUAAAUAUAAAUUAUAGAGGCGGCUUUAACUAGUAACUAAGAGGCAGUCUUUAAACAGGUAUGAAAAUUGAUCAGAAGUAGAGUCAGUUUGACAACGGUCACUGUUUGUCUUCCUUAUGCUUCGAAUACUCGUUUGCAUUUUCUUAUAAUAAAUGAACAAAUUAUUGUACUUUGCAAAAGUUAAUCCGAAAUUAUGAACAUCACAAACUGUGUAUCCCAGUUUCACAUUUGGAGGAUGCAAGUGAUUCACGUGAAAAGUUUCCUGGCCAAUGGUGAGAGGAAAGGUACUUUGGUUAUGCUUCCAUAUAGCAAACAUGAGUUUAAUGUUUUUAGAAAAACAAUCGCUAUUCUUGCAGAUUCCCAGCACUCGGAGGAGUGGAAACAAACUUUGAGGGAACAUGAAGAAAAAAAGGACAGGGUUAUUGAGAAGUACAAGACAAAAUGCGAGCAAAAAAGGGUGAGAACAUUGACUGUUAUCAUUAAGAACAUACCGUUAAACAGUUUACCCAAUCAUCAGUUCUCUCUCCUCCACAGAGGCCCCCGCUGGGUAUCCAAUAAAAGGGACCUUAAGAUCCCACGACGGCGACGGCAACGAGAACUUCAAAAAAGCAAUAGGUUUGAUAAGCAAAACAAGAAUUUUGCACGUGCAUCACGCUUUUUUGUACAUUUCUUUGCCAGCACUGCACAACUACGACCUGAAACUUCCUAAUUUAACGUUUUAUGUAGGAAGUAAACAAACGACGACAAAAAUUUCUCUCUUUUUUUGAACUUGAAUAUUGCUCUAAGGAAUUUAACUCCAGGAGAGUUCGUUUAUAUUUGACAAAGUAAGUGAGUUGCAGUGACAGCGAUGAAGAUUGAAAGAACUCAAGCUCACUUUUUAGGCGACGUUUUCGCCACCGUCGUCGUCCUCAGAUCUUAAGGUCCCUAAAAAUAGCUCGCACGCGGGGGACGAUAGGGCCUCUGUCAUAUAAUGCAUUCAAGAUGGCGCCGGGUUUCCGAGGAAUACUGGAGCUAAGUCGCACCCUCUUCAAUGUUUACAAAAUAGCGGAUAUGCUUCAACAGAUUUCCCCUUUCGUGCGACCCUUUCCCCUUCCCAUCGUCUCCCGCGCGCUUUCUUUUUUUCCCUCUCCCCAGCCUCCCUACGACACGAACAGGCCGCUGCGCAGGAGAGAGACACAAGUUAAAAGCGGCCUUGAGCUUAUAUGUGGACAAUUAUUACCGACGAAUUUGAGCGCAACAAUCGGUAACUAGACUUCGACAUCCUUUCAAUAAAGCAAAUGGUUUGCUCAUUGUCGCAGAGCUUCUUAUCAUAUCUAUUGUUAUGGAGUUUUGCUUUGAGUGUACCGGGAAUCGUCUCUAAAGUUCUCAGUAAUGUCAGUCGUCAUAUUUAACAAUUAUUCCUUGAGUUCGAAUGGGCUCUGAGUAAAUAGCCAUGGGCUAUUGACUUAGAGGCCAUGAGGGCGAGAGGAAUAAUUGUUUUAGUAAAAUCCAACUAGUUGGUCAAAAAUAUCGAGAAUAAAAAAAAAAUUUGGCUAGGUAAAAGCUAGACUUUAAUCCUUUUUUGCCGCCAAAAAGCCCGCGCUUUUCGCUACUAGUGUAGUAGCAGCUCAACCAAUCAGAACACAGCAUUGAUAAUAGACCACUAGUUGGAUUUUAGUAAUACACGUUAGUUGGUGUUGAUACUGAUUUCUCAUCAUUAUGCGCCUUUGUUUUUCAGCUGAAGGCAAAAAUCAAGGUGGAGUUCGGUAAGGCCGGAGAGACUAUCCACAGAAUUGCUGAAGAAGAAAAAGUCAGUUUUAUCGUAAUGGGGGGCCGUGGGCUCUCAACACUGCGGAGAACGCUUCUAGGAGGAGUCAGUGAUUACGUCAUGAAGCAUACCCAGAUCCCUGUUUGCUUCGUACCAGGCCACGGUGGACAUUAAAAGGAAGGGGUCUGGGCUAUUCCUUGGCUGAAUGCAUACGAAAAUGAAGCUAUUUCAAUUUUUUUUUGCUAAUAAAGUCUGUUUCAUUUUUGACCUAGAAAAAAGGCUUUCUUGAUGCAUUAUCAAACAAAUGUGAUCAGUUUAGAAGCAUGAGAUUUAUUAAAAUGAUCACCAAAGGGCGAAUGUACUGAAUCAGUAUUUCAAAUUCUCUCAACUAAUUCUUUAAAGAUCUUUAAGGAAAUGUAUAGAAAUCUGUUUGGAGAAUUUGUAUGCGCAUAUCGGGGCUUAAAGGGUUUCAACUUGUUUCUCGAGGUCAGGUCACCGUGGGAACGAAGCCGACGACCUUCUGUUUACUUUCCAGCCGUUCAGUUCCGUUUGGUCUCUCGCU